GCAACGGUUAGUGACACCCAAACCAGCGACGGAGGCGUGUGUGUGCUGCUGCUUCUCUGCAGGUCGUUGUUACUACACAAAUACUUCCUAAUUUUACAAGAGAACCUAACCGACGCUGGUUCAGUAACGAUGGCAGACGGUGACAACAAAAGCGCAAAUUUGCUUGCUCAGGAAACGGCCCAGCUGGAGGAGCAGCUGCAGGGCUGGGGUGAAGUGAUCCUGGCUGGAGACCGGGUCCUGCGCUGGGAGCAGCCUUGGUUCCCUGGAGCCUUGAUGGUCGCCACCAGCUUGCUCUUCAUGAUGAUUUAUUAUUUGGAUCCAUCUGUGCUGACCGGGGUUUCCUGCACCAUCAUGCUGCUCUGCCUGGCUGACUACCUUGUGCCCACCCUGGCACCCAGGGUCUUUGGUGCCAAUAAGUGGACCACCGAGCAGCAGCAGCGUUUCCACGAGAUCUGCGGUAACCUGGUGAAGACCCAGCGUCGGUGUGUGGGCUGGUGGAAGCGCCUCUGCGCCCUCAAGGAGGAGAAGCCAAAAAUGUACUUUGCCUCAGUGAUCAGCAGCUUGCUGGCAGUGGCCUGGAUCGGACAGCAGGUGCACAACUUGUUCCUCACUUAUUUGAUCGUGAGCUUCCUGCUGCUGCUGCCCGGCCUGAACCAGAACGGCAUCAUCAGCAAGUACGCCGGCAUGGCCAAGAGGGAGAUCAACAAACUGCUCAAACAGAAGGAGAAGAAGAACGAGUAGACGGACGUGCAGAAACCUUCGAAAGAUGAACGACAAGAAACGGAAGGUGGAAAUAGGAAGGAAGUUUGUUUAAAGAAAAGAGGAGAGCAAAACGUUUUCAGACGCCUCCUGGUUCGCUGGUCUCUGCCACAGAGGAAGACACACUUUUUUUUGUUUUCACACAUCGGAUAUGUUUCAAUUCUCCCUCACACUUUUUUUUUUUUGACAUUUAAACCUCAUCACCCACUUACUUUGAUAUUUUUUUCUUGAUGAAUUCAAAGGCCAUGCAUGAAGCCACCACGUGAAGUUUAUCUGCUUCACAUGCAACACUGAAACGCUCAAACACACACGCCACCCUGCCAUGAACACAAAGCUGAACUCUUCCCUUUUUGGUUUCUUUGUUGAAGUGUGCUUCAUUUUAAGAUGUCGGUAAUGCUUUUAAAUCCUUCACUCUCCCGGGACUACUGAGCAGUUCUUGUAGCAUUACUACAUCAUUUUAACCUCCUCAGAAUCCACAGUUGUUUUUGUCACUUAACAACAGGUGAAGUUUUUUUUGUUUUUCCUUUUUUUAUUUUUUUGUUUUCUGUUUCUGCUUUAGUAUUUAAAAACUAGCGCUUAAAACUGGAAUCAAAGCAGAGCUCUGUGCUGUGCUUAAAUACAAGGUUACUGCUGUACCGCUGCUAGCUGGACUCUGUGGUGUAUUAGCUCUUAUCUGAAGCCCCACGGUGUGUUACUGAUGUGGACUGUUUCUGUAAAUAGGCCUACGACCUCACUCUGUCCCUCUAAAGUCAUCCCUUUCUCUCUCCUUGAUAUUUAUCUGUGUUCUUCCCUCCUAAGUCUCAACUAUUUUGGUCUGAUCACUGUCUUUUAACUCAUUUCAUGAUUUGUCUGUAUUGGAGAUCUUUAUGAAACAAAUAAAGUUUGAUUUAAAAAGAUG